CUAGAACCGAAAUAGUUUAGAUACUCCAGCGGCCGUAGAUAACUUCUGCUAUUAUGUUGGAAACUCGAUUCUUUAGCUAGAGAAAAUGUAAGGAUUCGAUGUAGGAAAUGUUCGCUAAAACAUACUAUUGAAACGAUUGUAUACACCGUCUAUAAAUAUCAGCCAAUGGCUGGCGAGAUCGGAUCAGCUGUCGCUGCCAGUGUCCACAGGAAACCUACCUGAAUGCCAACGUGUGAUCAAAGAGAUCGAACCUACCUCCAGUUGAGGUUCACAAAGUUUGAUCGUAUCGAUGUAGGAGACAGUCUGUCGUGCGCUGAUUUUUUUAUGGAGCGGACUUCGAAAACCUGCCAGAGAUUUCCUGCUCACCCACAACAAUAAACUGACCCACGUCUGGAUCACGUGACCCUAACGGCCAGAGAUGAGUGUGGAUAAACCAAAACCAGCCAUGAAGACCCCCCACACUGCCCGGCCCCGCCCCGGCCAGGCUGACAGGCCGCAGCGGUUUGACCUGUACAGGAAACCCGCGGAGAAAAAGCCGGUGGCAGAGGUGAGUGAGGGGCUGCCCGACCCCUCGCGUGAGUUCAAGGUCACCCACCUGUCGGACAACUGGAAGAUAAGGAAAGGUGCAAAGGUCAAAGGUGAAGGUCAGACCGCAAACAAACCAGCGGUCAAGGCUGAGGGUCAGACCACGGACAAACCGACAGAAAAGGUCUUGGUGUUCACACGCCGCGCGUCUCUCUUCGACAAGCCCGGGGUUCAAAACCCGCUGACGCCCGGCGCUGACCGCAGACAGUCGGUCGAUGACGUCAUACUGUACCGCCAAAAAGAAUCGGUCAAGGACGCUUUGAACAAAAUCCGUGAGCGCAAACAAUCGCUGCAAGUCAGUAUCGAUACCAGCCUGUCUACAAAACCAGGCGCCAAACUGAUGCUCAAGUCACGUGACCCAAAGUUCCGGGCGGGUCACCGGAAGUCGUUGGGCAACAACCUUGACCAGCUGUCUGACAUUGAAGACGAGCUGUUCGAGGACGAGUUGGUUGACGAGUUGUCAGACGAUGAAGAUGUCGAUCCCGCCUACCUGGAGGAUGACGCGUCCUCAGGGUACUCGGAUACCUACCGAGAUCCGGAGGAGUUGAACUCAGACGAUUACGAUACCGAUUUAAGUGGGAGUGAAGCCAAACAUCAAGACCCAGAAGACGAGAAGAAGAAGAAGAAGCACUUGAACAUGACGCUACAGAACUACAAGACGGCCUGUGCCCAGGGGCAACUCAAGCCCAACCCCACCUUCCUCAGACAGUGUGGCCGUCACACGCUGGACAUUAGGCACCGGAUGUUGACAGAGAAGGAUGCCAGACCCAUUGCUGUAGCACUAGUGGGGGACAAGAAGACCAGUUUCCUUGACCUGUCAGACAACCAUCUUGGACCAAAGGGCGUGGCCUGCAUCGCUGAGAUGAUGUCAAUCAACAAAGGCAUCAUUGAGAUGAACCUGUCCAACACUCAGCCUGGCACAGAAGGUCUACAGAGCCUGACCAAAUCCUUGCAGACCAACAAAAAUCUCAGACGACUUUUCCUGGACAGCAACCGUAUUGACCAGUCCCACGGGGAAAUAAUCGGCCAACUCAUCACAAAUGUUCCAGAACUGAGAGAACUGUACCUAUCAAACAACGCCCUGGGUUUUGCAGGCGGGAAGAAAAUUGCUAUGGCGCUAGCAGCCGACAAGGGGAACCUCACCGUCCUUGACCUUCAGUACAACAACAUACGAACAGACAGCGCCAUACAGAUCGCCAUGUCUCUGUCGAAAAACACGACUCUACGAUCCCUGAACUUGGCAUGGAACGGGCUGGGGGCUGAGGGGAGUCGGGCCCUGGGCCUCGCCCUGGGGGCCAACAACUCGCUCUCAGAGCUAGACAUUUCCUACAACAGACUGGGGCUGGGGGCCAUACAGUACCUGACCCAGGGGCUGAGCAAGAACACCGGGCUGACCACACUCAAGAUUGGCCACAACCCAAUGACGACAGAGGGCGUCAAGCUGCUGCUAAAAACCAUCGUACAGGCAGAAAAAUCUGGCAUUGAACAUCUGGAUUUAAAGGGCAUCCCCCUGGACGCCGAGUGCCACGCCCUGAUCCAGCAGCUGAAGACAUCCAGGAACGUCUACUUCCUCCACGACAGCAACAUCCACAUGGCCACCACCGACCAGACCAAGUCGUUUGACGGUACCAACCUGGACAGGUUCGAUCCCGCCAUGGUCAUGUUCGAAUACAUGAAGAAAGACAAUCUGAGAGUCAUCGAUUUGUUCCAGUUUCUGGAUGCCAAGAAGCGAGAUAAGUUGAGCCGGAAUGACAUCAGAUCUGGCUUUAAUAUCCUGAUGAUCCCGUUCACUGAACACGCAAUCGACGAGAUCAUGACGUCAGUGGACACAAACAAAGAUGGCUACAUCACGCUAGAUGAAAUGACAAAGGCCUACCAAAUCAGCGACCGGAUGGUCAAACUCCGCAGAAUCCGAGCGGCCAAAAAGAAGCGCAAAGAUUUGGGUCUAGAGGAUCUUUGGAAGAUCAUUAAGGAGAUCAUCAACAAGCGAAAAGUGGAGAACGAGAAGCGAACAAGUGGCGGCCAGUAGCGACACCUGGCAGUUAUUGGCGGCAAGUAGCGACACCUGGUGGUGAAUGGCGGCCAGUAGCGACACCUGGCAGUUAUUGGCAGAUACUGGUGGACAGUGGCUACUUAUGAUGGCUAGUGACGACUUGUGGUGUCUAGAAAGAGAAGGGGUCGCGACAUUGCCGGCGGACUGUGAUAUAUUGCAAAUGAACUAAAUACAAAGUGCUUUAGGACUAGCCACAUGACGAAAGAUGACAUGAAUGUCCCUUGAUGACUAGCCGCAUGAAGAAAGAUGACAUGAAUGUCCCUUGUUCUGUGGUGCAGGUCCCAACAUUGCACCAAACGGUAUUGGCUCUGAAACUCUUGUACAAAACAAACCUGUCAAUAGCAUGUAAUGUUUUAUGUAAGGAGGAUUACUUAACUGAAUCGUUCAAUGUUUUAAUGUGUGAAAGAUGAAUGCACUUAACGGUUCCUAUUUUUUUAAAUAAAAUAC